AAGAGGUCAAUGACCUUUUAUGUUUGGGGUUGUCCUUCCGCCAAGAUGACAAACUUCAGCAAGUGCUGCUUACUUAGACAAGUCCUGAGAAAGGCGCUUACAUUCAAAUUUGUCUCGCCUGGACAUUGUGGACUUAGACAUUCAUUCUCAACUGAGGAAAAAAACAAGUUAUUAAAGUAUUUAAUAGCUAAAAUCAAAUUAAGUGGACCCAUCACAGUGGCAGAGUAUAUGAAGACAGUGCUGACAAGUCCUACUUCAGGAUACUAUAUGAACAGAGAUGUGUUUGGCAGUAAGGGGGACUUCAUCACUUCACCUGAGAUCAGCCAAAUGUUUGGGGAAAUGAUUGGUGUCUGGUGUGUCAACGAGUGGAGCAACCUCUAUGCUGGUCAGAACAUUCAAGUGGUUGAGCUUGGUCCAGGGCGAGGUACCCUGUCAGAUGACAUGCUUAGGGUGUUUUCUCAGUUUGCAGACAUUCGUGAUCAUGUUUCUCUUCAUCUGGUGGAGAUAAGCCCCAAGCUAAGUCAGCUGCAAGCAGAACGUCUGACUAAUAAGACAACAGAAGCAACUACAGCGAAAAUGAAUAAUUAUGGGGAGUCAAUUAAUGGAGAAACACUUGGGCCUUAUCGUCAGGAAAUAUCCAAAUAUGGGCAAAAGGUGUUCUGGUAUAGAGCAUUGGAAGAUGUCCCGUCAGGAUUAUCAUUUUUUAUCGGUCAUGAGUUCUUGGAUGCCUUGCCUAUACAUAAAUUUCAGAAAACAGAGAAGGGUUGGUGUGAAGUGCUGGUGGAUGUUGACGAUGAAUCAGAUUCAUCUCUACGUUUUGUUCUUUCCCCUGGGCCAACAGCGGCUUCUGUAUCCUUCCUUAAAGUCUUGGAGAACGAUGAUCGCUGUCACAUUGAGGUAUGUCCUGCUGCUGGGCAAAUAGUUCAAGAGGUAUCAAAGAGAAUUCAGCAGCAUGGAGGGUUUGCUCUUUUUGCUGACUAUGGCCACUCUGGUGAGAAAGGAGACACAUUUCGGGGGUUCCAGAAGCAUGAACUCCAUGAUCCACUAUUGGAGCCUGGUUCUGCUGACCUGACUGCUGAUGUGGACUUUUCAUAUCUCAAGGGUUGUGCCAAAGAAGUCUCUGUAUUUGGCCCAAUCACACAACAGAGCUUCCUUAUGAACAUGGGCAUAGGAGUCCGGCUUCAGAUGUUGCUUCAAAAGGCCAGACAAGAGAACUGGAAGACUUUGCUCACUGGUUAUGACAUGCUUACCAAUCCUGAAAAGAUGGGUCAGCGAUUUAAAUUCUUUGCCAUGAUAAAGCCAACUUCUGAGGAUUAUGUACCUGCUGGUUUUGUGAUGCCAGAAUUCUUGAAGUCCCAGAGAUAAUGCUGCAUUUGUGAUAAACAGAUAUUUACUGCAGCAUACUUUACAGGAAAAUUCAUCUCUAUCAGUGUAAAAUCUACUUUCUUGCAAGCGACUGAAAGAUAAUCCACCUUGGCAGUAGGACUAAGAAUAAAUGUGCUGGCAUAA